AGUCAGACAGAAAACACAACACAGCAACUAAGAGCAUACCCACCGACCAAAGGCUCCGCUCAACCGACUUUUACGCACACCAUCCAGGGAAAGCAGCACCCGGUACAAUCAUGAUUAAGAAAAUGUCUCCACCCGAGAGCGAGUUUGACAUCCCAGCAAAGAACUGUUACAGGAUGGUGAUUUUGGGAUCCACCAAAGUUGGGAAAACGGCCAUCGUGUCCCGUUUUCUGAACGGAAGGUUCGACGAGCAGUACACGCCGACCAUCGAGGACUUUCACAGGAAACUGUACAGCAUCAAGGGAGACGUUUACCAGCUGGACAUACUGGAUACAUCAGGGAACCACCCUUUCCCCGCCAUGAGGAGACUAUCCAUACUCACAGGUGAUGUGUUCAUCCUCGUCUUCAGUCUGGAUAACCGCGCCUCCUUCCAGGAGGUGCAGCGGCUGAAGCAGCAGAUCUUCGAGACCAAGUCGUGCCUGAAAAACAAAAGCAAAGAGAACAUUGACGUGCCUCUGGUCAUCUGCGGGAACAAGGGCGACAGAGAGUUUUACCGCGAGGUGCAGCAGGAGGAGAUCGAGCAGCUGGUGGCCGGGGACGACAAUUGCGAGUACUUUGAGAUUUCCGCCAAGCGCAACGAUAAUGUGGAUAAGAUGUUUCAGACUCUGUUUACGUUGGCCAAACUACCUCACGAGAUGAGCCCCGACCUUCACCGGAAAGUCUCCGUUCAAUACUGCGACAUUCUGCGCAGAAAGUCUCAGAAAAACAAGAAGAUGAAGGACGUUGGGGAAGCGUAUGGGAUGGUCACCCCGUGCGCACGGAGACCUAGCGUGCACAGCGACCUCAUGUACAUUAAGGAGAAGGCAAUAGGAGGCGGGCAGGGAAAAGACAAAGAGAGGUGUGUGAUCAGUUAAUCAACCUGUGAAGAACACACUCAACUCAAAUCUUUGAAAGGAGAAGGAGCCUGGUGCGUCUUUUUGAGAGGCGACCUGUGCUACCGGCUGCGCUCUUACCGGCACGGGAGGUGUGGAGACGCCGGGGCCGCCGCGCGCUCUUGCGCAACACAGUCUCCAAGGACAUUGACUGGAUAGUCCGCUUGAACUGCCCCCCACGCAAAAAGAAAAAAAAAAGACAUUUGAGAAUACUUGUUCUGUCAGUCAGAGCCAAAUGUAUUUUGUUGACGUCAUGCCUUUUACAGAUUCCAGAGGGGAGACAAAAGAGACUCUUGGCUCGGGAAGUGCAAUGUUUGGGGAGGAGAAAUAAUGUUGUUUACAUUUUAUUAUGUAUUUUACAAUGACUAAGUACACUUGAAUGUUUCGUUGCAAUCUGAACUAUGUUUUUAUUGUGAAUGUAUAUUUAUUGUUACUGUCAUUUUCUUAAUAUAAUAAAAAAAAAACAGACACUAAAACUUA